UCGUUGAUGGAGGCAUCUCUUUUGGUUGUCCCUUUAUUGCAUUGCAACACCAUCAAAAGAACAGAUUCUCCCGCCACUUAUAUACACCUCCACAUCCCCUCCAUUCUCCAUUCUCAUGCCACAAAAAUCAAACAUUCAAUUUCAGGUUCCCAAUUAAGCAGCAACAAACAACGAUCGAUCCCAAUUCGCAAGCACAGAUCGAGUUGGUCACGACCGAAUUGAUAGAGCUCGAAUUGCAUCUACCAUGGCGGCGGCGGCCUUGCUGGUAGUAGUCGUCAUGCUCGCGGCCGCCGGCGAUGGCGCGGCGGCGGCAUUGGACGCCCAGGCGGCGUACCUGGCGCGGAUGAAGCGGGAGUUCGCGGGGCCGGCCAUGGCGCGGUGGGACUUGUCGUCUUCCCCGGCUCCGGCGGAGUACUGCCGCUUCCCAGGCAUAUCCUGCGACGACGCCGACUUCAACAUCACCGGCAUCGACGUCACCUCAUGGCGGCUCACCGGCAAGCUCCCUUUAGGCCUCUGCUCGUCUCUUCCAUCUCUCCGGGAAGUCCGCAUGGCCUUCAACGACGUCCGCGGCGGCUUCCCGGCGGCGCUCCUCAACAACUGCAGCUCCCAGCUCGAGGUCCUCAACAUCAGCUACGCCGGCGUCUCCGGCCCGAUCCCGGCCGACCUCCUCUCCGCCAUGGCCGCCCUCCGCGUGCUCGACGCCUCCAACAACCUCUUCACCGGCGCCUUCCCGGCCAUGGCGCUCUCCAACCUCACAUCCCUGGAAGUCCUCAACCUCAACGAGAACCCCGGUUUCGACCACUGGCGUCCGCCGGAGUCGAUGACGAAGCUCCGGAACCUCAAGGUGCUCAUCCUCUCCACCACCUCCAUGCGCGGCGGCGUCCCGGCGUGGCUCGGCAACAUGACGGCGCUCACAGACCUCGAGCUCAGCGGCAACUUCCUCACGGGCCCCAUCCCUGACACCCUGGCCUCCCUCGUCAACCUCCGGCUCCUCGAGCUCUACUACAACGAGCUCGACGGCGCCAUCCCCGACGAGCUCGGCAACCUCACGGCGCUCGUCGACAUCGACCUCUCCGAGAACAUGCUCACCGGCGGGAUCCCGGAGCCCCUCUGCGCGCUCCCCAAUCUCCGGGUUCUCCAGCUCUACACGAACUCCCUCACCGGCGAGAUCCCGGCGGCGCUGGGGAACUCGACGAAGCUCGAGAUCCUCUCCGUCUACAGGAACCUUCUCACGGGGUCCCUCCCCGCCGACCUCGGACGCUACUCGCCGGAGUUCAAUGUCCUCGAGGUCUCCGAGAACAGCCUCACCGGCCCACUCCCCGGCUUCGCCUGCGCCGGCGGGAAGCUCCAGUACAUCCUCGUCCUCUCCAACCUCCUCACCGGCCCCAUCCCGCCGGAAUACGGCGGCUGCAGCCCUCUUCUCCGGUUCCGGCUAAGCAACAACCACUUGUCCGGCUCCGUUCCCCAAGGGGUCUUCGCGCUGCCGCACGUCUCCAUCAUCGACCUCUCCUACAACCAUUUCGAAGGAUCGAUUCCGCCCGCCAUUGCCGGAGCCAAGAACCUCACUUCCCUGUUCGCGGCGGGGAAUCGGUUGUCAGGGGAGAUUCCGCCGGAGAUCGGGGACGCCUGGAGCUUGGUGAAGCUCGAUUUGAGCAAUAAUCUGAUUGGCGGCGAGAUCCCCGGGCCGGCCAUGGCGAAGCUGGGCCGGCUGAACCAGCUGUCGCUGCAGGGGAAUCGGUUGACCGGCGAGAUCCCGUCGGAGCUGGCGGAGCUGAGGAGCUUGAAUGUGCUCAACUUGUCGGAGAACGCGCUGUCGGGGAAGAUCCCGGAGGCGCUGUGCGAGCUGCUGCCAAACUCGCUGGACUUCGCCGGGAACAACCUUUCGGGCCCGGUGCCGGCAGCGCUGAUCAAAGAAGGGUUGCUGGAGAGCGUGGCGGGGAACCCAGGGCUGUGCGUGGCGUUCCGGCUCAACCUCAGCGACCCGGCCAUGCCGCUCUGCGACGGCAAUGGCGGCGGCCGUGGCGGGAUCAGGAUGGCCGGACGGCGGUCGUGGAUCGUCGUCGCGGUCUGCGCCGUGGUGGGAGUGGCGGCGGUGAUGGCUUUAGCGCGGAGGUGGGUGCGGCGGCGGUGGGCGGCGACCGGAGCCGGGGAAGAAGACGGGACUUCGUCGUCGCCGGCGUCCGGGUGGUCGGCGUACGAGGUGACGAGCUUCCACAAGCUGAGCUUCGAUCAGCACGAGAUCAUCGAGGCGCUCAUCGACAAGAACAUCGUGGGCCACGGCGGCUCCGGCACCGUGUACAAGAUCGAGCUCAGCUCCGGGGAGCUCGUGGCGGUGAAGAAGCUCUGGGUGUCGUCCUCCAACAAGUCCGGAUCCAAGCAGAACAAGUACGGCGCCGGCGCCGGGGAAGAAGAAGAGGACCGGGAGCUGCGGACGGAGGUGGAGACGCUGGGCAGCAUCCGGCACAAGAACAUCGUGAAGCUCUACUGCUGCUACUCCGGCGCCGACAGCAAGCUGCUCGUCUACGAGUACAUGCCCAACGGCAACCUCUGGGACGCCCUCCAUGCCGGCGACAAUGGCGACGACGGCGGACUGUUAUUCCUCGACUGGCCGGCGCGCCACCGCGUGGCCAUGGGAGUGGCCCAGGGGCUAGCCUACCUCCACCACGACCUCACGCUGCCCAUCGUCCACCGCGACAUUAAAACCUCCAACAUCCUCCUGGACGCCGCCUUCGAGCCCAAGGUCGCCGACUUCGGCAUCGCCAAGGUCCUCCAGGCGCACUCCGCCAUCGCCGGCGCCACCACCACCACCAUCGCCGGCACCUACGGGUACCUGGCCCCGGAGUACGCCUACUCGUCCAAGGCGACGACAAAGUGCGACGUGUACAGCUUCGGGGUGGUGCUCAUGGAGCUGGCCACGGGGAAGAAGCCGAUCGAGCCGGAGUUCGGGGAGACGAGGGACAUCGUGCAGUGGGUGGCGGCCAAGGUGGCGGCGGCGGCGGAGGCGGAGGCGCUCGACACGCGGCUGGCGUGGAGCCCCUACAAGGAGGAGAUGGUGCAAGCGUUGCGGGUCGCCGUCCGGUGCACCUGCAGCAUCCCGGGCCUCCGCCCCGCCAUGGCCGACGUUGUCCAGAUGCUCGCCGACGCCGGCCCCGCCACCGGCCGGAAUGCCAAGGACCCCAAGCCAGUGUAAUCCCACUUCAGUUAAUUAACCAGCAUAGUAUGGUAGACCAGCAAGUGAUCAAUUAAUUAAGACUUGAGAGUGAGCACCAAUUAAUUAGGCAAAAAUUACUACCCAAGCAUAUAGAGAGAUUAUUAGUUAAUCAAGGAUCAAUGCAGGUUAACUGUUGCAAAGAUUGUUCCAUCCUGCACUACCGGAAUGAAAUAUAUAGUCUGGUAGAGUAGCUAGCUUUAUAUAUUGGGUCGUUUUCCUGACCAUCACUAGUGUAUAUGUACACUAGGCUAGCUAGGCUGCUUGGUGUUUAAGCAGAAUAUGAUGCUCUGAAUGGAUGGAGGAGCUCUAUGAACCUAUCAUGCAUAUACAUUUUGAUGAUUGUAUAUAUGCAAUGUUAGUGCAUUCCCACUUUAAAUUGUUCCUUUCUUUUUGGAUGCAA